AUGAAUAUGGAACAGUUGUUGAAGUUAAAAGCGAUAUAAGAAAAAAUGACACCUUAGGAGAUUUGCACAAAAUCUUAUGAUAUUCACAAAUAACUUUAUGAAUGGUUUGAUAUAGAUUUUGAUUAUUUUGAUAGAAAAUCGACACCAAUACAUACUGAAAUUACCUAAGAUAAUAUAAAUCCAAAAUAUAAAACUUAAAAAAGCACACCAUAGACAUAUUGUUUUUGUUGUAAGAUGUUUUUAGCUGAUAGAUAUGUAAGCAGAGAAUGUUCACAUUGUAAAUUUAUAGAUGCAAGAAAGAAUUAAUGUGAUUAAUGUGGUAAAUUUUUAGAUUCAGUUGAAUUAAUCAAUUCACAAUGUUAUAUUUACGAAAACUAACCAGAAAUAAAAGAAUCUAAGCAUAUUUAUAUGAAUUUAUCGGAUAUUCAAGAAAGAUUUAUAAAAUUGGAUUGCAUCCAAUACAGGAAAUUGAUCUCAAAACUAUUAUAAUGUAUCUAAUGCAUAGUUGAAGUAAUGGUUAAAAGAAAGAUACAUUCCUAAAGGUUUGAAUUGUGUAGUUUAAGUUCCUUUAGAAGUAUAUAAGUUAAAGGAUUGGAAAUAAUAGUGGAAAAUUCUUUUAAAAACUAUUUCAACAACAGAGUAUUUAAAUUAUCAAUAAUAUUAUAAUUUUAUGUUAAUUUAUACUAUCAACUCUUUUAAAUCUUGUUAAUCCAGGAUAAAUAAUAAUUAGCCAUUACCUAUUUUGAGAGAAUGUAAUUAAUUUAUAUUAAUUAUUAAUUAGUCAAGGAAUUAGAAAUAGAAAUAUGGAGAUAAAAACAUAAAGGAAUCAAUCAUAUGAUACAUUAAUUAUUAUUAUAUAUUUAGAUCAUAAUUUUAAAAAUAAUUUAUAAUUUAAUAUUGCUACUCUUUCUCUAUGUGUUAUUAAUUUUUAUUGUAAAUUAUUAUUAAAAAAUGAGAAGGAGGUUUGAAAGUGGUUAUUAAUAAAGAAAUCAAAUAGAUAAAAGAGAAUAUGCUUAGUUUUUAGAAAAUCAAAUUAAAUUUAAAGAAAAAAAAACCUAUGAAGAUAGAAUUAUAGAAAAUGUCAAAGAUCAAUUACUUUUUUAGUAUGCUUUUUAUUGGCUAUUUUAGAUAACCAAAACCUAAAUUUUAAAUUCAUUCAAUCUUUGAUAAUUAAGAUUUAGAAAAAAGAUAAAAACUUUAGCAAUAAAAGUUAGAAUAAGAUAUUUAUAAUUAUAAUAAGAUGAUGGCUGAAGAAAAAAAGCGAAUUAAAUAAGAAUUAAGUAAAUCCUAACAAAUUGAUAAUUCUAUUGCUCCAUUAAGAUUACCAAAAAUAUAAGCUUUUUCUUAAGAGCCUUAAUCAAAUAAAAAUGGGUAUACUUAAAUUUUAAAUGUUCCUAACACAUUAUCCAAAUCUUUUGUUUUGAACAGUGAAUAUUCUUAAAUUAAAAAUACUCUUAUUCCUAUUUUAAAUCCUUUAGAAGAAUAAAAAAUAAGUCCAAGUAAAAUCUAGGAUUAAAUUGAUUAAAAUCAAUUAGAAUUUUAAGAAUAGAAAUAAAAAGAGGAUAUAAAAAAGAGAAACCAAGAGUUAGAAGCAAUAAGAAAAAAAAUGCAUGAAAAUUAUAUUACUACACGCAAUCAAAUUACUUCUCUUGUUGAAUUUAUUAAAUAUAAUUAGUAAUAGCAGAAUUAAUUUUUAGUUUUAUCUAGAUAAUUAAAUACUCUUAUGAAUUAAGAUUAAUUAUAACCAGCUUAUCCAUUUUUAAAGGAGGAAUUAAAUAAAAAAAUGAAUAAUUAAUAUUUUCAUCACAAUGAAUUUUUAGAAUAAGUUAAAGAUGAACUUAAAACGCAUUCAAAUUAUGUAUUAUAUAUAAUUAAGAUAGAUUCAAUUUCAAUAAAUAGGAAAAGUAGAAGAUUAAGAGGAUCUAAUUUUUGAGCUCUGA